CACCUUUAAAUACAAGAGAUAACUGAGGCCAAAAGGAAUCAGGACAAACCGACACGGCCGAAAAGGCUGCGUGUGGAGGUGGGGCCCAGAUCUCAUUCCACAAGUCAGAAGCUCACAUCAGGCUUUGGUAGCAGCACACACCAACGAUGAAAGCCCGCCCUGGCGCGCAGCGCUCACAGUCCCAGAAAUCCUGGAUUGAAGGAGUGUUUGACAAGAGAGAAUGUAGCAAAAUCAUACCCAGCUCAAAAGGCCCUCACAGAUGUACUGCAGGAUGCCAGGUCUGCCAGAAUUUAAUCAGGUGUAGCUGUGGGCGAUUUAUUGGAGACCAUCAUGGGAUAGAUCAUACUUGGACUACCUCAGCUGCCAAUGGUAAUGAAAAUGAACAAUGGUCUGUCGAAAAACACACAAGAAAAAGCCCUACAGAUACCUUUGGCACUAUUAAUUUCCAAGAUGGAGAACACACCUACCACUCCAAGUAUAUUAGAACGUCUUACGAUACAAAGUUGGAUCAUCUGUUACAUUUAAUGUUGAAAGAAUGGAAGAUGGAACUGCCAAAGCUGGUGAUCUCUGUCCAUGGGGGUAUCCAGAACUUUAAAAUGCUCUCCAAACUUAAAGAGAUCUUCAGCCAAGGUUUAGUUAAAGCUGCAAAGACAACAGGAGCAUGGAUAAUAACUGAAGGCAUUAACACAGGAGUGUCCAAACAUGUUGGGGAUGCCCUGAAAGCUCACUCUUCCCAGACCUUGAGAAAAAUCUCAACAGUUGGAAUCCCUCCUUGGGGUGUCAUUGAGAACCAGAAAGAUCUUAUUGGAAAAGAUGUGGUGUGCCUGUACCAGACUCUGGGCAACCCCCUGAGCAAGCUCACCACUCUCAACAGCAUGCACUCCCACUUCAUCUUGUCUGAUGAUGGAACUGUGGGCAAGUAUGGAAAUGAGAUGAAGCUCAGGAGGAACCUGGAAAAAUACCUCUCUCUGCAGAAAAUACACAGCUGCUCAAGACAAGGUGUGCCUGUGGUGGGGCUGGUGGUGGAAGGUGGUCCCAAUGUCAUCAUCUCAGUGUGGGAGAUCGUGAAGGACAAAGAUCCAGUGGUGGUUUGUGAAGGGACAGGCAGGGCUGCUGACCUCCUGGCCUUCACCCACAAACACCUAGCUGAUGAAGGGACCCUCCGUCCUCAGGUGAAGGAGGAGAUCAUAUGCAUGAUUCAGAAAACUUUCAACUUUAGUCUUAAACAGUCCAAGCACCUUUUUCAGAUUUUGAUGGAAUGCAUGGUGCAUAGGGAUUCUAUUACCAUAUUUGAUGCUGAUUCAGAGGAAUCACAAGAUCUUGAUUUGGCAAUCCUAACAGCUCUGCUAAAGGGUACAAAUUUAUCAGCAUCGGAACAAUUAAAUCUGGCAAUGGCUUGGGACAGAGUGGACAUUGCCAAGAAACAUAUCCUAAUUUAUGGGCAACAUUGGCAGCCUGGCUCACUGGAACAAGCAAUGUUAGAUGCUUUGAUGAUGGAUCGGGUAGAUUUUGUGAAGCUCUUAAUAGAAUAUGGAGUAAACCUCCAUCGCUUUCUUACUAUUCCUCGACUGGAAGAGCUGUAUAAUACAAAACAGGGGCCUACUAAUAUGCUCUUGCAUCAUCUUGUCCGAGAUGUAAAACAGCAUGCCCUUCUCUCAGGCUACAAAAUAACACUAGUUGACAUUGGAUUGGUAAUAGAAUACCUCAUUGGUGGAGCUUAUCGAAGCAGCUAUACUAGAAAAAAUUUCAGAGCCCUCUACAACAACCUCUUCAGAAAACACAAGCGAGUUUCCACCAUUGCUCAAAGCCUUUCGCAGCACCCACUUCACCAGAGACGCCCCUCAGGAAAUAGAAAUGAAUCUGCAGAAAACACGCUGCAUUCCCAGUUCAUUAGAACUGCCCAGCCUUACAAAUUCAAGGAAAAGUCUGUUGUCCACAAAUCAAGGAAGAAGUCAAAAGAAGAACAAAAAUUAUCUGAUGACCCUGAUUCUACUGGUUUUAUUUACCCUUACAAUGACCUGCUGGUGUGGGCUGUACUAAUGAAAAGGCAGAAGAUGGCAAUGUUCUUCUGGCAGCAUGGAGAGGAAGCCACGGCUAAGGCGGUGAUUGCUUGUAUACUCUACCGAGCAAUGGCCCGUGAAGCUAAGCAGAGCAACAUGGUGGAUGAUGCCUCAGACGAAUUGAAAAAUUACUCAAAACAGUUUGGCCAGCUUGCCCUGGACGUGUUGGAGAAGGCAUUUAAGCAGAAUGAGAGAAUGGCCAUGAAAUUGUUGACCUAUGAACUCAAGAACUGGAGCAAUUCUACCUGUUUAAAACUAGCUGUGUCUGGAGGAGUGCGACCUUUUGUUUCACAUACUUGUACCCAAAUGCUAUUGACAGACAUGUGGAUGGGGCGCCUGAAAAUGAGGAAGAACUCUUGGUUAAAGAUCAUCAUAAGCAUUCUUUUACCAACCACCAUUUUGACAUUGGAAUUUAAAAGCAAAGCGGAGAUGUCACAUGUUCCCCAGGCCCAGGACUUCCAGUUUACAUGGUAUUAUGGUGACCAGAACCCCAGCAAUGCCAAAGAAAAUGCUUCUACGAAAGACAGUGAUUUGGAAAAGGGCCCUGAGGAGAAACUCGAUGAAAAUCAGCACUUUGAUUUUAAGGCUGGGCCCAAAAGCCUUCCAUGGACCAGGAAAGUCUAUGAGUUCUACAAUGCUCCAAUUGUCAAGUUUUGGUUUUACACGAUGGUGUAUUUGGCAUUCCUCAUGCUGUUCACUUACACUGUGUUGGUGGAGAUGCAGCCCCAGCCCAGUGUGCAAGAGUGGCUUGUUAUCAUUUACAUUUUCACCAAUGCCAUUGAGAAAAUCAGGGAGGUUUGUAUUUCAGAACCUGGGAAAUUUACUCAAAAGGUGAAGGUAUGGAUUAGUGAGUACUGGAACCUAAUGGAAACUUUGGCUAUUGGCCUGUUUUCAGUUGGUUUUGGCCUUCGGUUGGGUGACCCUCCUUUUCACACAGCAGGAAGACUCAUAUACUGCAUAGACAUCAUAUUCUGGUUUUCACGUCUCCUGGACUUCUUUGCUGUCAAUCAACAUGCAGGUCAAUAUGUGACCAUGAUUGCAAAAAUGACAGCAAACAUGUUCUACAUUGUCAUCAUAAUGGCAAUAGUCUUGCUGAGCUUUGGAGUGGCACGCAAGGCCAUCCUUUCACCAGAGGAGCCUCCAUCUUGGAGCCUAGCUCGAGAUAUUGUAUUUGAACCAUAUUGGAUGAUGUAUGGAGAAGUCUACGCUGGAGACAUAGAUGUUUGUUCAAAAAUGUCACCUUGCCCUCCUGGUUCUUUUAUUACUCCAUUUCUCCAAGCUGUCUACCUCUUCGUGCAAUAUAUCAUCAUGGUGAACCUGCUAAUUGCUUUCUUCAAUAACGUUUAUGUCGAUAUGAAAUCCAUUUCAAAUAACCUGUGGAAAUAUAAUCGCUAUCGUUACAUCAUGACCUACCACGAGAAGCCUUGGUUGCCCCCACCUUUUAUCCUACUGAGCCAUGUGGGUCUUCUCCUUCGCCGACUAUGGCAUCACCGAGCUCCAAAUGACCAAGAAGAGGGUGAUGUUGGAUUAAAACUCUAUCUGAGUAAGGAGGAUCUGAAAAAACUCCACGAUUUUGAAGAGCAGUGUGUGGAAAAAUAUUUCCAUGAGAAGAUGGAGGGUCUGAAUUAUAGUUAUGAGGAACGGAUCCGAGUGACAUCAGAAAGGGUUACAGAGAUGUACUUCCAGCUGAAAGAAAUGAAUGAAAAGGUGUCUUUUAUCAAGGAUUCCUUACUGUCUUUGGACAGUCAGGUGGGACAUCUGCAGGACCUCUCUGCCCUGACAGUGGAUACACUAAAAGUCCUUUCUGCUGUUGACACCUUACAAGAGGAUGAGGCUCUCCUGGACAACAGAAAACAUUCUAUUUGCAGGAAACUUCCACACAGCUGGAGUAAUGUCAUGUGUGCAGAGGUUCUAGACAGCAUGGAGAACUCAGGACAGAAGAAAUACCAGUAUUAUAGCACACCCCCUUCUUUGCUUCGGAGCCUGGCUAGAGGUUGGCAUUCCCCAAGAGGACAGAAGGGGACUCUGGAGAUAACAACCACUCAGAGGAAGGCUUUAAACAGAAGAGAUGACCAUGAAGAACAAGAAACAGAAAAUAGUAUGGUUGCAUCUGGGGUGUCCACUAACAAGCAAGCACAUUCAAAGUAUGGUCAAUUUCUCCUGGUUCCUACUUGUCAAAAGCAAUUACCUUUUCCUGGAGAAUCUGAUUUGCCUCUGUCCAGACCAUCUGUGGACACAUGUAUAGAUGAGCUGGCAAUUAAAAAAAUCACCCAGAAUCAAGUCUCUGCUCAUCUGACUUGGAAAAUUCCAGUUGUCUCAGUCCAAGUCUCAGUGACUGAACCCAAGGAGCCAUUUGAGCACCUUCCUGACAUACCAGCCAGACAAGACAAGGGGGAGCAAGUUUCACCCACAUUGAGUUGCAAACCUGAACCCACAAAAGUGACCUCUCUCCCUUCCCAAGUUGAGAACAUGCAAACUGGUGGUGGAUAUGUGAACUGGGCAUUUUCAGAAGGUGAUGAAAUUGGUGUAUUUGACAUUAAGAAAAAAUGGCAAACCUGCUUAGCCUCCAUGCAUAGGAGUGAGUCCAAUCACAAUGGACAACGCCAGAUGCAGACCCGAGGCCGGUCCCUAUCUGACAACUCCACAAGAUUGGCCCGAAGUAGUGGUUGCUCAGAGGUGGGGCCAGGACUCCAACCAAACACAUCAUUUUGGAUCAAUCCUCUCCGCAGAGACAGGCCCUUUAUUAGGAGUCAUAGUUUGAGAUUCCACAAGGAGGAGAAAUUGAAUAACAAAAAUCUUUCAAGAUCCUCAGAGAUAGGGCAGUCAGUGUGGAUCAAAGCAAAAAUGCUAACCAAGGGUAGGAAAUUGUCGAAGAAAAAGAAGAAAACACAAGAACUACAGGUGCCAGUCAUAACAGUCAACACCUGCUCUCAAAGUGGUCAGUUGAAUUCAGAGUCAGAAGAAAAUAACAUUUCAGAAGAGGAGGGCAGCCAUAACUGGCUCACGGUGUCCAAAUUUAGUCAGAUAAGUCUAGAACCUUAUAUGUAUCAGAAAAUGAAAACUAAAGAAGUUGAAUGGCAUUCAGUACAAGUCAAUGAUUAUCUGAAGCAGUCUCAAGAGGAUCUGAGCAAAAACUCUCUGUGGAAUCCUCAGAGCGCCAAACUCAGUAGAGACUCCCCGAUGAGAAGUUCAAGUGGAGUUGACAAAAUCUCAGCCUCUUUAAAAAGCCCUCAAGAGCCUCACCAUCACUAUUCAGCCAUUGAAAGGAACAAUUUAAUGAGGCUUUCUCAGACCAUACCAUUUACACCAGUCCAGCUGUUUGCAGGAGAAGAGGUAACUGUCUACAGACUAGAAGAGAGUUCCCCUUUGAACCUUGACAAAAGCAUGUCUUCUUGGUCCCAGCAUGGGAGAUCUGCAAUGAUUCAGGUGUUGUCCCGAGAGGAGAUGGAUGGCGGCCUCCGCAAAGCCAUGAAAGUCAUCAGCACCUGGUCAGAGGAUGACCUUCUCAAGCCGGGGCAGGUUUUCAUUGUGAAGUCCUUUCUUCCUGAGGUUGUGCAGGCAUGGCAUAAAAUCUUCCAGGAGAAUACUGUGCUUCAUCUUUGCCUCAGGGAAAUUCAACAACAAAGAGCUGCUCAGAAACUGAUUUAUACCUUCAACCAAGUGAAACCACAAACCAUUCCCUAUAUGCCCAGGUUCCUGGAAGUUUUCUUAAUAUACUAUCAUUCAGCCAACCAAUGGCUGACCAUUGAGAAGUAUAUGACAGGAGAGUUCCAGAAGUACAACAACAACAAUGGUGAUGAAAUUGCCCCCAGCAACACCCUGGAGGAGCUAAUGUUGGCUUUCUCUCACUGGACCUAUGAGUAUACUCGGGGAGAGCUGCUGGUUUUGGAUUUGCAAGGUGUUGGAGAAAAUUUGACAGAUCCAUCUGUUAUAAAACCUGAAGACAAACAAUCAAGAGGAAUGGUGUUUGGACCAGCCAAUUUAGGGGAAGAUGCAAUUAGAAACUUCAUUGCUAAGCAUCAUUGCAACUCCUGCUGCCGGAAGCUCAAACUGCUGGACCUAAAAAGAAAUGACUAUUCCCCUGGAAGAAUAAAUUCUACUUUUGGACUUGAAAUCAAUAUAGAACCAGUGGAGGGACCUGAAGCUAGAGAAAGGAGUAGUAAUUCUCCAGAAGAUCUCACACGAUUGUAAGAAGGGGAGGAGUAAGAAGAUGGCAGCCUGCGCUCCGCGAACCCUAUGGUAACGUAGAUUGAUGGACACGCUGAUUAUGUCAGAGCCUCUGUCAGGGUGGCCUCAUUCUUUGAGCCUCCUUGGGACACGGCUUCUAUGUAGCAUGUCUCCCCCUACCAUAGACUUCACUGGUAUAUAAAGGACAGGUGCUUUGCAUGCGUUCUUCAUCCUCAAGUUCCACAGGAAGCCACUGGCGGGGGGCAGCUGGGAAUCCUUCGUACCUCAUUGCUUUAGCUGGGCUUGUAGACCCAUGGAGCAGAAUGCCAAGAGCUAAAGAACCGGGGAGAUGAAAUUAUUUCUCACUAUUUUUGUGCAGACUCUAGUCCCCCCCUGCUAUUCAUCACCUCACCCACAUUUUGUAUUUAUGUAUAGGUGUACAUAGAAAUAUUUUUGACUUCCUCUGCUCUCCUUUCCAGCAGCACAUGAUUUCAAAUAGCAACAAUAAGGAAAAUAAUGCAAGGAGGGUGUUUUUACACAGACUGAAGCACACUCCUGUACAGGCUCUCCAUUAAACAGUUAGUAUCCUGGUGAAAUCUAGAUGGGUUUGAGGUUUUGUCAGUGAAUCAUGACACCCGGGCAUUUCAGGUUUCUCGAAAGAAAGGAACAGGGAGAUCUAAAACAAAUGUUCUUGCUUCUUUUUUUUUUAAAAAAGGUAACAAGGAUAGGUAAAACUAGAAAUUAUUAAGAAAUGUUUUUCCUUCUCCUAAGCUCAGUUAUCAAUUAGAGAGCUAACUUUAAAACAGCAGUUCUCUUUCCAAAGCUACAUAAAUAAAAUUACGGGCUAAAUUAUUCUAUGUCAGGUCCUGUGGGGAAAGAUGAGUUUCUGGCUGAAAACAUGGUUCAAAGGUGUUUGCUUCAUUUUAAUGCCAGUUCUGGUAGCUUCAAGAGUGCUGGAGUAUAUAGUUUCAGCACAGCCUGAGAAUGUGUGAUCAGUUUUGGGGGCUUCAAGGAAGGCUUCCUGGAAGCCACACUAUACAGCCCCUUGGGGACUGGACAUCCCCUUCUGCACUUGUUGGGGCCUCUCUACCUCAGAACCAGCAUAACUUUUCACAUAUGGUGGAAAUGGAGAUCAGGGAAUCCUCUCCCUUUGUCCUUUCCAUCACCUUUCCUUAUUAUCAGGUGUUCCAAUCUACCAGCAACAAAUGUCCUCAGUUGGAAAAAUUUCCACUCUUCUGUAUCUUUAUUUUUAUUUUUCUCUAUCUUUAGCCCUUACAUUAGGUGACUUUUUUUUAAAGUCAGCACUCUGCAAUAUUACAUUGCAGGAGUAACCCAGAUAUAGGGGGACAGAAAACUAAGGAUUUAGAAUGCCAAGGAAGAUGUCUGGUUACUGAAUGUAUUGCAUAAGUGUGAAUUUAUACCCCUUUUACUUUGGACUUGGGGGUGGUGGGAGGUAGGAAAUGUGGGUGAUUUCUUGAUUGACAAUGAAGAUAAAAUGCGCAUGCAUUUCUGGGUCUUAACUGCUUUAUCUGAGUCUAUAAAUCAAUAAAGGAUCUGUCAGUACCUACUUCAGUGCUGUGAUCAACUAUGGAAAAAGCAGUUUGCUUGUCCAAGGACCAAACAAAGGACAUUAAUUCACUGGCUAUAUAUUUGUUACUUGGAAUGGAACUUGAAAACAAAUACAUUUGAUUUCACA